CAGGUCUUAUACUAUCCCAUUACAUCCAUUGAAAGAAAUUAUAAGCGAAGGGACACUUGUGGCGAAUAUAAUAAGUCCGGUGUUACGAAUUUUUUUUCAUGACUCAUACAUAUAUCCCACGAUAUGGCCGAACACAUCCAGCACCAGCGCAAAGGUCCGAAAACUUGCCAUCGGUGAUCCUUCCCGGGCUAAACAACCCGAUAUGAUCGGGAAAAUUGUCAAUAAUGGAAAAUUUGUUUAUGAAUCGAUGUUCGGUGAGGUGACGGGAGAAGGAAAAAAUAACACGGAAAAAAAGAAUCUAAUCGACCUGGUUAGAUUGGGGAUAUUUAUGAAAGAUUCCCUUGAUAAUAUUUCGCGUAAGACCGGUGUCAAUCGGAUUUUCGGUUGGCAAGUUAUUGUGACAAAGUGGACCGGUUAUAUGAUGACAUUAAUUAGUCCAGGGAUUUACGUUAUGGUUGACACUGGUAGUGUAGAUCUUCCAAGAUCUUUCGAAGUAUGCAAUACGUUUCUAUCUGGUCUGGAUACGCUGUUUGCAUUUCAGAUAGCAUAUGAAAAAACAAUAAUGGAUAUCCUCUCAAUUAUGAAUAAAAGUGAAGAAGUUGAGAGUAAUGAUAAUUUUAAAGGAUGGCGUCGAUCAACACUUGGAACACCAUCGUUCAAAAAAAUUGUGAAGUUCAAAUAACUAUCAAAUAAGAUAUUACUUGUUAAUAGAACAUAUAUUUACGUAAUAUUAAUCAACUAAUUAUAUUCUAUAUCAGCUGUUUCUUUCUUUUUCAAUAUUAAUAAAGUUGUUUGCUCGCAAUCCGGUUUUAAUUUUCAUGAAUUGACCUUACUA